GGAAUGUAAUUAUUGCUUUGACUUAAUUAGCUGUUUUAUGUCAACACGAGUCUUUUAAGCAUUAAGCCUUUUUUUCAAUGUUUGUAAUUUUAUUGAUGAAGUGACUUUGAUAAAUCAAGAUGUCUCAAAUUUUAUCAUUUUUUCGCAAAGAAAAAGGGUUACCUUUGUUUGGUGAAAAAAAGUAUGGCCAAAAGAUUUCCAAAAAGUAUAAAUUGUCUGACAUACUUGGCAGAGGUGGUUUUUCAAUUGUAUACCACGGAGAAAAUAUUGUAACAAAUGAACAUUAUGCAGUCAAAAGUAUUGAAAAAAAGAAGCUUGUUGGACCUGAUAUUUCAAAUUUAGAAAAUGAGAUUUCUAUACUAAAAAAAAUCAAUCAUGCCCAUAUAGUAAACUUAAUUGAAGUUAUUGACAACCAUCGUUUUAUCUAUAUAGUUAUGGAAUUGGUGACUGGCGGAGAACUCUUUGAUAGGAUUGUUGAAAGAGGAAGCUAUACUGAAGCUGAUGCAUCUCAUCUUGUAAAACAGAUUUUAAAUGCUGUUAGUUAUUUACAUGAAAGAAGUAUUAUGCACAGGGAUAUAAAGCCUGAGAAUUUACUUUAUUACGACAAAAAGGAAAACUCUAAAAUAAUGUUAACAGACUUUGGACUAGCAAAAAUUGAAGACAAUGUAGUUCAAAAAACAGCUUGUGGAACCCCAGGAUAUGUGGCACCAGAAGUUUUAUUGCUAAAAAGCUAUGGUCGACCUGUAGAUUGCUGGUCUGUCGGAGUAGUUACUUAUAUUCUUCUCUGUGGUUAUCCUCCUUUCAAUGAUGUAGAUCAACAGGGUUACUCACAAAUAAUAGAAGCAAAUUAUGAGUUUGAUGAGCCAUACUGGGAUGACAUCUCUGAUUGUGGAAAACUAUUUGUUUCUGGCUUAAUGGAACUAAACCCUCAAAAAAGGUUGACUUGCAACGAAGCACUUUCUCAUAAAUGGAUAAACGGACAGUUUGAUGGCCAUAAAAAUAUUCACCAAACUGUUUCUACUCAACUCAAAAAACACUUCAAUGCUAAAGCAAAGUGGAAGCAAGCACUGAAUGCAACAACAGCAAUACGGCGAAUGAAAAAUAUAUAAAUUUAUCGACAGUAACAAAACAUAACGACACUAAAAUGAAAAAACAUGAAUAAUUGCAACUUGUUAAAUUUUAUGUGAAAAAGUUAUUCGUUCUAAAAACGUUGACUACAUAAGAUGAAAAGCUAUAUAAAUAUUUGAAAGUUCAUAUGAAGAAUAGUUAUAUGAUAAAAAAAGUUAUAAAAGGAGAUCAAUAAUUUAUUUAAACUGAUUGGACAAUAAUACAACUUUUGCCUCUAUUGACGAAAUGAAUUCGUUUUUUAUAUUAACCUAAUUUAUGUUGUU